UCCCCUCCCCUGCCGUGCCGGUGACGGGCGUUUCCGGUCGGAGCGGUGGAGGAGCAGGCGCUGCCCGCGGUGGGACGGCGGCGCCAUGGACGUGGCGCAGCCCAAGCAGGAGCACCUGCUGGCCCUGAAAGUGAUGAGGCUAACCAAACCUACCUUAUUCACUAAUAUUCCGGUGACCUGUGAAGAGAGAGAUUUGCCAGGUAAUCUAUUUAACCAGCUCAUGAAAGAUGAUCCUUCUACUGUAAAAGGAGCAGAAGCUUUGAUGCUAGGAGAAAUGCUGACUUUGCCUCAAAAUUUUGGAAAUAUAUUUCUGGGAGAAACAUUUUCCAGUUACAUUAGUGUACAUAAUGACAGUAACCAAGUUGUCAAGGACAUACUGGUGAAGGCUGAUCUUCAGACAAGUUCUCAGCGUUUGAACCUUUCAGCUUCUAGUGCUGCAGUGGCAGAACUUAAGCCUGACUGUUGUAUUGAUGAUGUGAUUCAUCAUGAAGUAAAGGAAAUAGGAACACACAUCUUAGUUUGUGCAGUAAGUUACACUACGCAGACAGGGGAGAAGAUGUACUUCAGAAAAUUCUUCAAAUUUCAGGUUCUCAAACCACUAGAUGUCAAAACCAAAUUCUACAAUGCGGAGAGUGACCUCAGUUCUGUGACAGAUGAAGUGUUUCUGGAAGCUCAGAUACAGAAUAUCACUACCUCUCCAAUGUUUAUGGAGAAGGUUUCUUUAGAGCCAUCCAUUAUGUACAAUGUUGCAGAACUGAACACAGUUGAAACAGCAGGGGAAAGUGAGUCCACUUUUGGCUCAAGGACUUAUUUACAACCUAUGGAUACACGUCAAUACUUAUACUGCCUAAAACCAAAGCAGGAAUUUGCAGAGAAAGCUGGAGUAAUAAAGGGUGUAACAGUGAUUGGAAAACUAGACAUUGUAUGGAAAACGAAUCUAGGUGAACGAGGAAGACUGCAAACAAGCCAACUCCAAAGAAUGGCACCUGGUUAUGGUGAUGUAAGGCUUUCUCUGGAGACAAUACCAGACACCGUAAAUUUGGAAGAACCUUUUGAUAUUACAUGUAAAAUAACAAAUUGCAGCAGUGAAAGGACUAUGGAUCUGGUUUUAGAAAUGUGCAAUACAAAUUCCAUCCACUGGUGUGGAGUUUCAGGAAGACAACUUGGAAAGUUGCACCCAAGUUCAUCUCUCCAUCUUGCACUUACAUUAUUGUCUUCAGUGCAGGGACUACAAAGCGUUUCUGGCUUAAGACUUACAGACACGUUUUUGAAGAGAACAUAUGAGUAUGAUGAUAUUGCUCAAGUCUGUGUGGUUUCUUCAAAAGUCAAACAAGAAAGCUGAAGAAAAGUCUUAUUCCAGCUGGUUUGGGUUUUUUUUUUGGACCAACUUCUGAUGUUUUUGCAGAUGAAUCAUAUUAAAAGGUGUAAAGACAAACAAACUCCCUAUAUAUUCAUCAUCAUAAGUAUGCUUGUAUAACUUCUCUGAGCAUUUUUUGAAAUCAUUUUAACAGAUGCGUAUUCAUUCUAUUUACUGAAAAUAAAACCUUUUAAAAAAA